AUGGUGAAUGGGGUCUGUUUUGCGGUUGCAAGAGGAAGAAAACCGGGAGUUUACAUCAAUUGGAGCGAAUGCGAAGCUCAAAUUUUGAAUUUCAAAGGGGCCAAGUAUAAGAAGUUCCUCUAUGCCGCGGACGCCGAACUCUGGAUACACCAGAAUGCCACUGGGCCCUGUCUUCUCCUGAAGCCGGAACAGGCUGCUAUCUCACCUGCGGUACAAGGUCCCCGUGCGAUCGCCAGAGACAAGCUACCCGGCGUACUGCAGCACUCAGUGGACUCGGUCACCGAAGAGAACUCUACUAUUCCAAUGUCCCCAGACGUUAUGAUUGUCUAUACCGAUGGGUCCUGCAAAGGCAAUGGCACGGAGCACGCUGUUGCUGGUGUAGGUGUCUGGUGGGGGGACUAUGAUUCAAGGCACGUAGGCCCUCAUCAAACCAAUAACCGCGCGGAGCUUAUUGCGAUCAUCCGCGUGCUCGAGACGACACCUACUAAUCGACCGCUCCUGAUCAAGACCGAUUCGGAAUAUAGCAUCAAGUGCAUGACCAGGUGGUUAUGGAGCUGGAAGGCAAAGGGCUGGAAGAAGAUCGACGGAAAGCCAAUCAAGAACCUCCCCUUGGUCAAGUACUUGGACGUUCUUCUCGAUGAGCGUCGGACAGUCUCGAAACAAGAUGUAAAAUUUGAAUGGAUCAAGGCGCAUGCUGGUCUUUCUGGGAAUGAAGACGCGGACGCUCUGGCGGUUGCAGGCGCCGAUUUA